AGAGAGAGAGAGAGAGAGUGACAGAUCGGAGAUCGGAGAGCAGAGAGCAGAGAGCAGAGACAGGUUCUUCCAACUCAUUCACACACAGAGAUGAGGGAGAUCAUAAGCAUACACAUAGGUCAAGCUGGGAUUCAAGUGGGAAAUUCAUGUUGGGAGCUUUACUGCCUUGAACAUGGCAUUCAGCCCGAUGGCAUGAUGCCUAGUGACACCACGCCAGGUGUUGCAGAUGAUGCAUUCAAUACGUUCUUUAGCGAAACUGGUGCCGGAAAGCAUGUGCCAAGAGCGAUAUUUGUUGAUCUUGAACCAACUGUCAUUGAUGAAGUCAGGACAGGGACUUAUCGUCAACUCUUCCACCCUGAGCAGCUUAUUUCUGGAAAGGAAGAUGCUGCUAAUAACUUUGCCAGGGGCCAUUACACAGUGGGGAAGGAGAUUGUUGAUCUAUGCCUUGAUCGAGUAAGGAAGUUAGCAGAUAACUGCACUGGCUUGCAAGGGUUUUUGGCGUUCAAUGCUGUUGGUGGAGGUACCGGUUCUGGCCUUGGGUCCUUGUUGUUGGAACGCUUGUCUGUUGACUAUGGAAAGAAGUCAAAGCUCGGGUUCACCAUCUAUCCUUCUCCUCAGGUCUCAACAGCAGUUGUGGAACCAUACAACAGUGUUCUUUCUACUCAUGCUCUACUUGAACAUACGGAUGUGGCAGUGCUCUUGGAUAAUGAAGCAAUUUAUGAUAUCUGCCGGAGAUCAUUAGACAUCGAGAGGCCUACAUAUACCAACUUGAACCGACUGAUUUCUCAGAUCAUAUCAUCUUUGACGACUUCCCUCCGUUUCGAUGGAGCCAUUAAUGUUGAUAUUACAGAGUUCCAAACAAACCUUGUGCCAUACCCUCGUAUCCAUUUCAUGCUUUCUUCGUAUGCACCUGUAAUAUCAGUCGAGAAAGCAUACCAUGAGCAGCUCUCGGUACCUGAAAUCACAAAUGCAGUGUUCGAGCCUGCAAGCAUGAUGGCUAAAUGUGAUCCUAGGCAUGGAAAGUAUAUGGCCUGUUGCUUGAUGUAUCGUGGAGAUGUUGUCCCUAAAGAUGUCAAUGCUGCUGUUGCCACAAUCAAGACUAAGCGCACCGUGCAAUUUGUUGAUUGGUGCCCGACUGGUUUCAAAUGUGGGAUCAAUUAUCAGCCACCAACAGUGGUACCAGGGGGAGAUCUUGCGAAGGUGCAACGAGCGGUUUGCAUGAUCAGCAACAAUACAGCAGUUGCUGAGGUGUUUUCAAGGAUCGACCAUAAGUUUGAUCUGAUGUAUGCAAAGAGGGCAUUCGUUCAUUGGUACGUGGGUGAAGGCAUGGAGGAAGGUGAGUUCUCGGAAGCCCGUGAAGACCUUGCGGCUCUCGAGAAAGAUUACGAAGAAGUUGGUGCCGAAGGAGUGGAGGAUGAAGGCGAAGACGAGGAGUACUGAUAUUAAUGGCGAGAGGGGUUGUUUUGUUGAAUAAUAUCGGUUCGUUGGCUUUGUUAUGUUUCUCGUAAACCAGGUGUGCUUAUAUUCUUGUAUGUUGGGAAAUAUAUUCAGGUGAUGUGCAAAGAAGAAAGUAAUUUCUGUUCGGUGUGUUGAUUUCGUCAAAUUUAAUUAAAAGUUUGCCCAUUUUGGUUAUGUUGUAUC